AUCAGUUCGGAGCUCAGUUCAAGUCGAUGAUUGCUGCCGAACGGUUGGGUUUUCAGUCCGUCACAUGUAGCGCGCGUUGCCGUCGCUUAGAGCCGUUAGAGCAACUUCGUUCGCUUCGAAAUCGUUACAAGUGUGAACCCAAAUGAAAUUUGAAUUUAAUGCUAUAAUGAAGUUGGCAAUGAUUAUUAGCAAGUGCAAUGUGAGUGGGCAGCAAAGUGUAACAGUUGCCUAUGAUAAUCAAUGAGCAGCUGAAUAAAACUCAUCACGCGCACCUCGCACACGUACACACACACACACUCACCCACACACACGCAAUCUUCAAUCAGCUUCGUGUACUGCUCGUGACUCGUGCCGCGACCGUGUGCGUGUGUGUGUGGUCCUUUUGCUGUGUGGCUAUGUGUUGUUGUGUGUGUUUGUGUUGAACGCAGGGCUCGAGUCCAGCUCGUUCCACAAUUCCUGUCGUUCUUCUAACGCUGCUCUGAUUGCAGGCCACGAGGCCGAAACGUAACGAAAACGAAAACGAAAACGCGAUGAAAAUUAAAGCUUUGCGUGGCAAAAAUCGCUAACCAAAAAAGCAACAAAACAAAACAAAAACAACACUACGGUAAAAAAGAGGAAGUUCAUACACACAUAUAACAACCCCAACAAGUGAACACAAAGAAAAUUGUGGCCGGACAGUGUUGCGUAAAAGUAAAAAUUUCGCUUUUAUUUUUUUAGUCGCGAGUUCUGGCAAAAUAACAAAAAUAAAAAAACAAAAAAAAAAAGAAAUAGAAGCAACAACAAAAGAAAAUACAAAAAAUAUAUAUAAAACGAUUAUCAUCUGGUCCUAGCGAGCGGCGUCGCUUCUAUAAAUAACGUUGCGCCAGGCGCCGCUAAUUACGCCAAAACAUGAAAAUAUUUACAACAAAAGCAAAAGCAAAAGAAACAACAACAACGGGAAAAACUCGGCAAUUAAUCAAUUUUCCGCUUGACCAAUAUAUAAGAAAUUCAUUCGAGCUGAAUCCGCACGGAAGUUUGCACUAUUAUCAUAAUUAAAAAACAAAAAAAAAGAGCAACAUAAGGAGCACGAGAAACUGAAGGAGGACGAGGAAGAGGAGGAUCAGGAGGUUAGCAUAUCAAAGGAAAGCCAGCGUGGCAUGGCCUAAAGGAUAGCAUCAUAUCACCUACACCUACACUCACACCCACACACACACUCAUUCAGCAUAUCUUAGAGAACCAUGGAGCUGCACUGGAGUCAGCUGUUGGUGCUGCAGCUCAUGCUGCUCCAACUGCCCCGAUUUUCGCUGGCGAAUCGCUAUAGUUCCGGCAAGCUCUAUGCAAAUGGAGGCAGCUCCAGUUCCAGUUCCGGCUCCAGUUCCGGUUCCAGCUCCAGCUACAAAUCGUCACAGCAACAGAACGAAGUAUACUCCAUAGCGGACAGUCAGCCCAUGACAGACGAUGGCUAUGUGCCACCCUCGUUGGCUCCAUAUCCAUAUCCGGGCAGCGAGCUGGACAAUCCGGUGCAGCACCUGAGCAGCUGUCAGACGGUGUGCGCCUGCAAGUGGAAGGGCGGCAAGCAGACGGUCGAGUGCAUCGACAGGCAGCUCAUCCAAAUACCCGAUCACAUUGAUCCCAGCACCCAGGUGCUGGACAUGUCCGGCAACAAGCUGCAGACACUAUCCAACGAGCAGUUCGUGCGCUCCAAUCUGCUCAACCUGCAGAAGCUUUAUCUGCGCCACUGCAAGAUCGGCGAGAUCGAGCGCGAGACCUUCAAGGGACUGACCAAUCUGGUGGAGCUCGACUUGUCGCACAAUCUCCUGGUGACGGUGCCCAGCUUGGCCCUGAGCCAUAUCUCCUCGCUGCGCGACCUGACGCUCGCCUCCAAUCACAUACACAAGAUCGAGGCGCAGGCCUUCAGCAGCACGCCCUCGCUCCACAAGCUGGAUCUCUCGCACUGCGACAUCCAGACGAUAUCGGCGCAGGCCUUCAGUGGGCUGCAGGGGCUUACGCUGCUGCGCCUGAACGGGAACAAGCUGAGCGAGCUGCUGCCCAAGACCAUCGAGACGCUGAGCCGGCUGCACGGCAUCGAGUUGCACGACAAUCCCUGGCUGUGCGACUGCCGGCUGCGGGACGCCAAGCUGUGGCUGAUGCAGCGCAAUAUUCCGUAUCCGGUGGCGCCGGUGUGCGCGGGCGGACCCGAGCGGAUCAUCGACCGCAGCUUUGCGGAGCUGCAUGUGGACGACUUUGCCUGCCGCCCCGAAAUGCUGCCCAUCUCCCACUACGUGGAGACGGCCAUGGGCGAGAAUGCCUCCAUCACGUGCCGCGCACGCGCCGUGCCCGCAGCCAGCAUCCACUGGUAUUGGAAUGGCCGGCAGCUGGCUAACAAUAGCGCCUUCAGCGCCUAUCAGCGUGUCCACAUGUUCGAGCAGCUGGAGGGCGGCUUCGAGAAGCGCUCGCGUCUGGUGCUGACCAAUGCCCAGGAAACCGAUUCCAGCGAGUUCUACUGCGUGGCCGAGAAUCGCGCCGGGAGCGCCGAGGCCAACUUUACGCUUCAUGUCAGCAUGCGAGCCGCGGGCAUGGCCUCCCUGGGCAGUGGGCAAAUUGUGGGCCUGAGCGCUGCCCUCGUGGCUCUGAUUGUGUUCGCGCUGGCGGCCAUUAUGUGCCUGCUGCUGCGGGUGAAGCGGCAGCCGUACGUGGACAGCAAGACGCCCAACCACAUGGAGGUCAUCACAUCGGUGAACCAUCAGAAUUCCAUCACCAACAAGACGCAGCCGGCAACGGGCAAUGGUAGCAUCGGCGGCGUUGUCAUCGCUAAUGGAGCUGUGGCUAAUUGCAUCGAUGGAGGAUUAGCGGGCGUGGCCUCGGGCACGCUGGAGCGCAAGGGCAACAGCAGCAGCGCGGCUCCAACUGGCGGCGGAUUGGGCGGAGCUAGCUGUAGGCGUGCCAGUGGAUCGCCGCACGAGCAACGCAAUGCGAAUCCUGUCCAGAAGCCGCCGCGACUCACCGACCUGCCCUACUCGACGCAGGGCUACGACAAUGCGGGCAGCGUGCUGUCCACCGCCUCCUGCUUCAUCUCGCCCAGUGGCUCGACCGGGCAUGGCAACAAUCCGGAUCUAAUCAAUGAUACGAAACGCUUUGGCAGCGACGAGUUCUGCGACCUCAAGCUGCCCGCCAUGGAGCUGACGAGCGGAGGAGGCGGCGGCGGCGGCAGUGGGGAAUACAGUCGGGCCAAUGGCUGUGACUCACUGUAUCCGUCCGGGCUGUGGGAGCAUGCGGCAGCAGCAGCAGCUGGGGCCAGCUCGGCGGAUGAUCUGUUCAUGAAACGCUACACGGACAAGACACCCAUCAUCGACUCCAGCCAACUGUACGAUCUGCACGAGCGGAGCGCGGCCAGCGACUACUUCAGCAAGACGUUUCCGCGCGCCCACUGCAAUGCGACGCUGCAGCAGAGUGGCGGAUGCAGUGCAGCGGCAGGAACCGGUGCCUCGACCACCUCGACGGCCACAACGAACCUGUCGAGCGGCUCCUCCGGCUAUCCAAACGACUAUGGGCUGCCUCUGGUGCCGGGCGCUGAGCAUCAGCACAAUCAUCAGCUGCAGAUGCAUCCACUGCAGCAGCUGCAGUUGCAGCAGCAGCUCCAGCACAGCAGCGGCAGUCCACACUUCAGUAGUCGCACCCUGCCACGCCUACACGAUGGAGGCGGCAGCAGCAAUGGCUCGGCUAGGUCAUCGCCCACGCCCGCCCAGCCCAUGGGUGCCCCGGCUCCAGCUAGCUCCAGUUCCUGCUCAAUACUGCCCAAUGGACAGCCCGUGAAUGCCAAGACGAUACGGGUCUGGCAGAAGGGGGGCGUGCCCGUGCUGCCGCCCGUCACAGCGCUGAAGCGGGCGCUGAUCAGCAGCAGCCGCAACUCACCGGACGAGGGCUACCAAGAGGGUUGCGGCACCGAUGUCUAAGCGCCUCGACUCCACAGUCACACAGACACAGGAAACCCCGCAGAACUGACUAAACUUAAACUGAGUGCAUACACUAAACACUAACUAUAGCUCACCCUCUCAUACACACACACACACACACUCUCACAUAUUUUAUAUACAUUCAUGUGGCUCAUCGACUAGCGAGAGAAUCGGGCGAAUUUUCGUGGCGUGAACUUGUGCAAGCGAACUGUUUGUGAUAGUGUCUAAUUAAAAGAUAUGGCUAAUGGAGAUAAUAAACAAAGAAAAUUGCGAAAGCAAAAGCGAACAAAAAAAAAACCGAAACAAAAUAAGAAACAGCAAAAAAAAUUCAAUGAAAAAUAAUGCAGUAUACUUCUAGUUAUAAAGCGCAAAGCAAAUGGACAACAAGAAAACAUAAACUGAAAACUAAAGUAAUUAAUAUAUGUAUAUCAUAUAUACCUAUAGAACUAAAUAUAGAUAUAGAUAUGUAUGAACACCUUCGACUAAUUAGCGAACCCUAAGAAACUGUAAAUACCAACAUCUCAACUCUCGCAAGUCCCCGCAUUAUGAAAAAUAAGAUACUACAACUAAAACAAACUGCAAUAAAAGUUAAGUAAAAUGUCAAUGUCAAUGUCAAAGUAAAAGUAAAAGUCAAAGUAAAGGUAAAAGUCUAUGUCGAUCUAAAUGUCAAGCAAACUAAAUGAGAGAGAUUCCACACACACACACACAUACGGACAGAGUACUUAGAAAUCAUCUAUGCCCUUGUAAAUGUAAUUAAAAUUUAUAACUGUAAAACUAACUGUAACUGUAAUUCUAACUGUAACUGUAACUCUCUCUUCCUCUCUCUCUAUCCCUAUCUCUCUGAGUUUGUGUACGCGUGUGUGAGAGUUUCAAAUGUUGUUUCCAAAAAGCCAACCAAAAAUGAAGAGAAAUUCUCGUCCCUCACCCCCAUUCUUAAAAAGAAUCGUAAGUUGUAGGCAGUUACGUAAUGAACGUAUAUCAAACUCUUAUUCGGCUCAACAGAAAUCCUUAACUGUCAGUUAAAGUUGAUAAAGAGAAAGAGAACGAACAGCAGCAGCAAGACCCACUUUAUGACUUUAUAAGAGUAAAAAACAAAACAAACAAAAAAGCAAAUGAAACAAAAUGAAACAAAAUUAAAAAAAAAAAAAAAGAAAGCAAAUAGCAAAAUUUAACAUGAAAUUAAUUCUUAAUAUCUGUGUGACUUCUGUAUAUACAGGAAAAUUAUUAAAAGUAUUGUAAGCAUUCGCAUUAUUUGUGGGCGUGGCCAGAGCGUUCGACAUAUAAACAACGGGCAACAAUAAAAAAAGAGAGUAAAUUCAAAUAUAAUGAUGAUCAGCACGCAUAGACUAUGUAGGUAAUGCGAAACAAGAAUUACAUACCAAGGUGGCGUCAACUCAAUUCUCAAACUAACAAUCACAUUUAACAGUUUAUUUGACAGUUAUAAUGACAGACGGGUUUGAUAGUUUCAUAUAAUCAGCUCUUCACGUUUUAUUUGACAGCUUGAUUAAAGCCCAUUCAAAAUGGAUAAGACAGUUCACACAAUUCUAGAUGAUAAUACCUAAAACUAACAUUUCUAUAACAUCACAUUUGACAGCUAGGAAAUAGACAGGUGAAUUUAAUACAAUAAUACAAUAGUAUAAAUUGUAUAUCAGAUUUACCGGUUGGAUUUUAUAGAUUAUCUAGCCACCUCGUAAAUUAGACAGCAGGCAUGCUAGAUUAUUAAAAUGGACACCUCGAUUAACAUGUGAAAUUGUCAAGAAUUGCAAGAUACACGAAAGAUAAAUUUAAAAACAUUUAACAUAUAAAUUGCAUUGAUUUCUGUGUCAAUUGGUCUGACAGGAAGACUUUAGAGACUUGUAAGACAAAAAUUUAGUUUCUACAGUUCAAUUAAACUGAUAAUUCGACAUUCUUAACUUGCGAUCAACUGAAUCCUUCCUAGUGUGAUUUGUCAUGUAAUAUAGUUAGUGCUUACUUUUAAAACCAUUUCCAUCACACCUAUAUACAUAUAGCUUGACUGUCUACAACGUAUCUGACUUGACAGAUUGUAAAUUUAACAUACACACUUGACAGCUAGCUAUUAUCAGGCGUAUCUCAACAUUUAAUUUGUUGAUGGUGAACAAGCCACCAGAUUUAUUUCUCGAGUGAUACUCAAAUGAAACUAUAUACGCAUUUAAUUCAAGCCCAAUGCUGAGAUGCUCAGUUGAAAUUUUAACUUUUAAUUGACAUUUUGACAGCAAUCGAAUUUGAGCAAGGCUGAAGAGAGAUUUGCGCCAGAAUGUUGACCCACUUUUUACUUUUUGCAUAUUAAUAGAAAUAGUGUGAAUGUGAGCUGAGUUGAGUUAACGCUAUCCGCACAUUAUGUAUAUUACCCACUCCUGUAACCCCAUGAAAAAAUGGUAAAAAAUAAAAAGAUUAACUGUGAAUCCGACUGCGCUUUGGCAUUAAACUUAGGUAAAAUUCGUAUUUGCAGAAGUUAGUUAAAAUAUGUAAAAAGUUAAGGAAUAUCAAAUGAAACUCAACAUAUUCAUCAAUUCAUACGUAAAUAAUACAUAUGUAAAUGCCCACACACACAGACAGACACAACGUGCUCCAAGUACACACACACACACACCUACACACUCGAAAAAAUAUAUCUACAGAUAUUAUUUGCCUGUAGGUCGUAAGCCCUAAAAGCAUUCAAGCAGCAAAAUAAAAACAAAAUAGAGAAAAACAGAAAAAUAAUAUUAAAAAAAAAAACAUUCAAUUCAAAAGCAAAAAAUAAAUAGAAGAAGAAGAAGCAGAAGAAAAACAGAAAUAAUAUCUUUAAGGUAAACCAAAGACUUUUUUCUUUGCAUCUAGUAAGCGAGGGGCAUAAACUAAACGUUGAACUUGAAUGAGCAAAACGACAAACAUGCAGAAUAACCUUAGCAUUUAAGUAAUACCUAUGUAUUGUAUAUUAUAAAUAUAUAUGUAUACCUAUAUAUAUAACUACAUAUACAUAUAUCUAUAAAUAUAAAUAUAAUUAUUAACAUAAAUAUAAAUAUAAAUAUAGUAUAUAGAUGUAUCUACUUUACAUGUACGACAGGGCGCAGAGUUCGCUUAACAAAAGGCAAGCAUUGAAUGCUACAGAAUGAAGAACAAAAGCAAAG